GUGGCCUCUCGGAUCGAGCCCAAGGCUACAUUCUGGGCAAUGACCUCCUGAUGGGAUUCGCAUUCGCGGUUGUUGCGACUCGCUUCUACUGUCGGAUACGAAUGGGAUCCAAGCGAGGUCUGUGGUGGGAUGACUUGUUCAUACUACUCGCAUUUAUUCUGGCAGUGGGGUUUGGCGCGAUCGUCAAUGUAGCAAUGGGACACUAUGGAUGGGAUCGACAUAUCUGGGACAUUCCUGCAGACGUGCUAUCGACGUCCGGCAAAGCAUAUACAGCCGCAAAGGUGUUGUUCAUUGUGAGCAGCACAUGUGUACGCACAGCUCUGUUGCUGUUCUAUCUAUGGCUCAUCAAGGAUCUGGCCGAGAUGAGCCUUAGACGAGUCAUCUAUGUGGUGAUGGCUCUGAAUGCUACUCUUUGCCUCGUCAGCAUCUUGAUAUCAAUCUUCCGAUGNCUCGCAAAAUGUGUGAAUGAGGGAGUUUUCAUCACCACUGUCGGAGCACUACUAACGGGAAUGGAUUUUGUCGUCAACGUCCUGCCCCUUCCCAUAGUUGCUCGCUUGAACGUUGCAUUCCAGCAAAGGCUCGCAGCAACAGUGCUCCUUUCACUAGGCACCAUUGCGACAGCCGCUGGCAUCGUCAGGGAGGUAUACGUCUACCGUGCCUUUAUCGGUACAAAGGACUCGACUUGGGGAGCACUGCCUCUGUGGAUAUGUGCAGAUGUCGAGAUCUAUGUUGGUCUGGUAAGUCUCAUAUGCAACAUCUGCAUGCUGGUAGCACAACUGACGUAUACAUGCAGNCUAUGUGCUUGCGUGCCCUCACUCCGCCCUCUUUGGACAAAAAUGACCGCCUGGUAUUCNGAUGAAAAAGCUCGUCUCCUACCAUCAAAUAACUCGUCGCAUCAAUCGGGUCGCGAUUGUAUGCCUCCAUCAAUGUCAUGGGAUGAAUUCGACAAGGACGUUAUCUUCGAUGGAACUUCGUCUUUUCAUUCUGCAUCGAGAAUGUUCAAUGGAAAGAAGAAGAGCCACACCACAAGCGUUGCCACACUCAUCAGCAAGCCGCCAUCUCAGGCCGACUCCUGCUUGACAAGCAACAAUUCCGACUGGGAGCACGUCGCAUUGAGAGACUUGGAAUGCGGGCGUCCCAAGGAAGUUCACGUACGAACCUCUGUGAGGUUACAGCUGCAAUCAUUC